GGAGCGCGAACGGUUAAGGGAAUAGCAGCUACGAGAAAAUGGCGAGCACAGAAGAGUUUAGGUACGCGAAUAGCGCUGUUUUAAAACUCUAAGAAGUCUUAAUAAUAGCCAAAUAAGCUCGGGCGUGUUUCUUUACUUCCGUAGGUGUCAAGUUAUUUCAAACAACGGCAAGCGUUCAACUUAUGUCACACUAACUGAAGCUAAUCAGGGUUAGCCUAGAAACAUGAAGAUAGCUAAUGCCAGCUGCUGUAAAUGGCGUCUCUGUGCCAACACACAAUGAACGACCCGUUGGCAGGUCAGCAUAUUUACUUGGCUAAUGAAUCAAUUUGAUCAAGGCUGACCUGUUUUCAUGGCUUAUCGUUGAGGAACGGCAUGGCUUUACACAACUUGGUCUUUGUUAUCGAUGUGGAUUUUGGAGAUCACGAGUCAGUCGACCAGCUGGAAGUCAGAAACCAUCUCUUGAAACGAGGAAUACUACAAAUUCUGCUGCAUUUCGGUUACAAGUAUGGAUUUGAGAAAGUGCGCUGGGGUUAUAAAUUCUUCCAAUGUAAGACUGGCCGCAAUGCCAGCCUCAUAUCAAGGGGAUCAGACUUCAAGGAGCUUCUCCACAAAACGUUUGAGGACUUCGAAAUAGAGUUUGACUCCAAGUUUGACAUAAAGGAUAAACUACGCAGUUCUCAGCUGAAGCAGCGAUCCAAUCAAUCUGCUUCAGUCCAAAACGCACUCAAAGAAACCUUGCUGGACUUCCAGUGGGACAGACCAGACAUCACUUCUCCCACUAAACUUUCCCUGAGGCCCAGAAAGUCGAGCCGGCCUGGAAAGCCCAGUGUUUCACAGGAGGAUGAUUUGUCAAGCAAUGGGAGGAAUGUGGUGUUUAUUGUGUCAGAGUGUCCACGGACAUGGUCACAACUUGUGGACUACCUCUCUUUGAGAAACCAUGGCGUGCAUUCAGAUGUAUCAGAGCACGUUAUAUCCAGGGGUCUUCACGACAUGCUGGUUCAGCGACAGGUUGUGCUGCACUGGAUUGACAGCAGAUCACAUGUACAGGUCAUGAAGUGUGAGGACCAUCUCGGCUCCAACAAGCUGUCUGAGGUUCUGGCACAGUUGGGUGGCAAAGUGAUCCCAAUGGUUGCCCUGCUAAACCUCUGCUGCACCCAGAAGUCAGACUCAGGCUUCAGGAGAGAGACUUUUGCUUUCAGGUCCAGCAUUGGAUACCUGCUGUCAUCUGAAAGGCUGCACCGCCUGGCUUUUCCUGUCACAAGGGGAGUGUUGCAGUUGGGGCAAGGCGAUAUGACACAGAGCUGCGCCGUUAUGGUAGAGCCAGUGUCUCGCAGACAGAGGCUUCUCUCAGAGUCGGUGGAAGUGUGUCUGAAAGGAGUGCUUCAGGGCUGGGACGCCUCAUCACUGACACAGACCUCCACAGAGUCAUGGGUGCUCCAGUGCUCCAGCAGUAGCAGUGAGCAGGGAGCUACUGCCUUCCAGCAUCUCCUAAUGGAGCUCUCUACUCACGCUCUGUACAUGUUUGCUGAGGUGAGAGACAGCGGUCUGGUGUCCUCGGCCGUCCUCUCCCCCUUGUCACACUUCACAGCUCUGCUCACCGUUCUCCAGCCUCAGAUCACUCAGAACGACCAGCUCCUCACCACCGAAAUCGUCGCCCCCGCCAAAGCUGAAAGCUCCUCCGAUUUGCCAGAUGUUGUGAGCAGCGUUCUGGGAGUAGUGUACGACAUCAUGGAGGAGGAUGGUGACGGUAUUGAUGACCAGCCAGACAAUCAUCCUGUUCCAGAGUGGGCCCAGCAGGAAGUCAGUCAUUGUCCGCUGACAACAGGUGUCUUGGAGAGUUGGUUCCCUCAGUCAGAUCAGUCAGGAGUGAGCUCCCAUUUAAUGGAGUCAUUCAGGUUGCUGCAUGCAGCGCCAGAGCAGAGAGAAGAGGAGGAGUCUGUCUUACAGCAGGAGCUGAUCAGUGACCUGUCUGAACUGUAUCAGACGUCCCAGGGUGCAAACAACAAGAGGGGCAAGAAACGUGGCGCCCAACGCACUCCAGUGAAACAGAAGAUGAAGACGAUGAGCCGCUCCUUGCAGAUGCUGAAUGUGGCGCGGCUCAACGUGAAAGCCCAAAAGAACCAGGCUGAGGCUGAGCAGCAGGGGGUGGAGGUCAAGGGUCCAGACAGACAGGGGAAGAGACGGUCAAGUGACAGAAACAAACCUGGAGGAGCCAACACCAUCUGUUUCACCAGUGAGGCAGAGCUGCUGUCUCAUCUGAAAUCCAGUUAUGAGAAGACCGUGGCAGAGAGAGACUCGUCCCUCCUCACUGAUGUCCAGCAGCUCCUGUCUGCUGUGAAAACCUUCCUUGUGGCAGAAUCCGACCUGGAGGUGAAGACUUCACUGUUCGUCCAGCAGCACCUCCUGAAGACCAGCAAAUCAAUCAGGCAGCUCUACGGCACAGCUGCUGAUGUUGAGAGCAAAGUCAGAGAGUGCCAGCUUCAGGCGUUGUUAAGGUUGGAGUUGUGCAGACUGUUCUCCUCAGAGCAGACUGACUCACUGGAUGCUGAUCAAAUGGCAGAGGAGGUGGCUGAAAUGCUCAGGAUUAUCUCCCUAACGAAAGACCCAGUUUGCCUAGCAAGGUUCCUUCAAGACGAGGUCCUCCCAGGGUUCCUGACAGCUGUCCCCAGGGUGCUUGCAGAUAUUUACCACAGUCUGGGCACUCAGCUCCCUGAGGCCUUGGUGGCUGUUCUGCCAGCUGACUUCUUCAGUGACGAGUCAGUUGCCAAGGACAGCGUUUCUCCUUCGGCCUCCUCACCUCCCCUUUCCACACACAGCCUGGUUUCAGAUGGCAGAGAUCGCCUGCAGGACCUGCGAAAUCGCUCAGCCAACAAGAGGAGGAGUGGGAUGCUGACUCGUCAUCGCAGUAUGACUGAAUCAUCACAGAGUCUACGUCAAAUAGAGAUGCCUAAAAAGACUACAAGAGCUUCAAAAUCAAAGGUCUGUGUUGCUUUGGAGAAACAUGUUGAAGAGCCACAACCUCAGAAACAAGAAACACAAGAGGUCACCAAGGUGAGGAGAAACCUGUUCAACCAAGAGAUUGUUUCCCCCUCGAAGAAAGCCAAGCUGCCGAGGAGCCAGUCUGUGUCUGCCGUGGAAGGAUUGAAACGCAAGCGAUCACAUGAGUCUGAAGAGAGACACAAACUUAUAACAAAGAAAGUGUGUGAAACACCCGUCCACAAACAAGUGUCCAGUCGGCUCCUCUAUCGGCAGAAAAUGGGAAGGAGAUCUGUCCCAACUGAGGACUGCAUUGUGGAAGAAUCCCCAGUAAAACCUGCAGAAGACCUAAGAAGGAGCCCAAGGAUAAAGAAGUUUGCUCGAAGACACUCAAACAUCUUCUAUUCAAGUUCUCAACCUCGCUCCCGCAACCUGGAAAGGGCUCUCUCUGCGUCCCAGCUCACUCUCAGCGAAAGUAAAAUCAGCAGCGUUGAUGUAAAAACUGUUCGGUCUCCCAUGCGACUUCUUUUUGGGGCGGCUGCUUCUCCCGGUCGUCCUUCUACCUCCGUAGAGUCGACGAGGGCCACCAGGACACGGUUGUCCACAGACUCUAGUGUCUUUGAGAGUCCAAACAAAACACCAACAAAGUCACCUGGCAAACGUGGACGAGCCUUUCAUGGAAACACAACACCCAGGACUCCCAGAACCCCCAGAACCCCAGGAACCCCUAAAACCCCACCUUCAUCCAGGAUGCAUGUUCUCUCUGUUGCAGAGAGCCCUGUCGCAGGAAGCUCUCGUGAGCUUGGUAUGGCUUUGAGAGGCAGUCCUUUCAGAUCUCCAGCCAGAAAGACUCUCGUGGUAGCGACACCUACUAAGCUAAGUCCUUUGGGGAACUCGCUGAAGGGUAUUCUCAGGACUCCGGUGAAGGCUGUGGUUGAAUGCAGCUCUUCAUCUGGAUCACAUUUACUCAACAGCCCAGUGUCCAGGACUCCCAAAAAGAGUGUCACAUGGUCUCCAUCGCCACGAAAAUGUAGAAUGGCAGACAACAUUGUUAAUUUCAAGGUGCCAGAGUCGCCGCACAUUGCAUCUCGCAGUUCUCCAAGACUGCUGAAGACAACUAACAAGUUCAGCAGUCCUGUCAAAAGCAGCAACAGCAGAACUGACAUUUUCAAGACCCCAGAAAAGACAUCUCCGACAGGGCGUAACUUUUCUUGUCAAGUAACCCUGUUAAAGCUUUCAGAAAAUGUAAAUAGUGUUUUUUUGACACCGGAAAAAAAUCUGAGGUCUUCGGAAAGACUUGACAGCAGGAUGAAAGCACCUUUAAAAGACAAUAAAAGUGACAAUCUACUAGAAAUGCCUCCUUCACAAUCCACCCCACCUCUAGACUACCACAACAAUACAGCUCAAACCAAGACUCCCAGUCCUACUCACCAAAUGAUUACUCGCUCUGGACGAACUCCAGGCAAAAGUUCAAACAUUGCUUCCCCAUGUAAGCUGUUAUUUAAACCAGUAGGAGGUAGUACAGUUUCAGAAGGAUCAGAUAGUUCACUUAAGUCUCCAGCAAAGUCCCCGACAAGAACGAGGUCUGCUCAAGGUGUUAAAACCACCAGACAUAACUUAAGAUCCCAGUCUAAUGAGAACGCUUCCUCCAAACUAAACACAGAAUGCAACUUUGCUGAGAACUGCGACCUUGUGGAAAAGCACAAGUGGUCAGACACAAUAGAAGAAGUACAGGCUGAACCUUCGCAAAACUCUGAAACCGACUCGAGUUCCAAUACAGACUCACAGCAGUUUAACUCCUCACAUUUCAACUCCGCCUCCACGGACGACGACAGUAUGGACAUUGUUGAUGCUGCAGUUGUAAAGACGCAGUUUAGUGGAGGGCUCAAGAUGAAUAUCAGCUUUUCACGGAAGCCUUCAAAGUCCAGUGAAGACUUCUUGUCAGACGUAGCUUCUCCUAAACCACGUGCGCCACAACAAGGCACACCCGGGCGAAGCUACGGCUUCCGGCAGACCCCUGACCGCCAACAGAGGGAGGCUGCCGCUCGUUUGGGGUACGCUAACGAUUCUCCUCGAUUUUCAACCCCUAGAGGCCCCUCCAAACUAAGUCGACAAAAGUGUAUGGGUACACCGAACCCUCUGUCUUAUCAAGUAGAAAUGGAAAUGCAAACAUCGGGACUGCCCAAACUCAAAAUCAAACGCACAGACUCCAUGAACGCAGGUGAUUUGGUCACUGAUGGUCCUCGAUCGGGAACUCAGAGCCCUUUAGUUGGUGUGAAACCUUCUCAGCUGGAAAGUCCUUUGGCUUUGUUCUCUAAACAUAGAGAUCCUGGUUGUGUCUCGCCAUCCAUCUGUACUCAUGUCACCCCAGCCAAGAGCACGCCUGGAAAAGGUGGAAGCGUCCAAACUUACAUUUGCCAGUCUUACACGCCUACACACCAUCCAGCGGGAACCAUGUCUCCUGUGACUGCAGAGAUCAUCCCCCUGACCCCUUCACCUCAGAGCGUAGGAAAAGUGACCCCAGACAACCUCAACAGCUGGCCUCGGAGGAAAAGAGCCCAGAUCGGUGUGGUUGGAGGAAAGGAUCGCGGCCUGAAGGGGGAGCCGCUGCUGGAGGAGCUCCUGGAGGAAGCUGAGCUUGGUGUUAGCAGGUUACAAGACACAGAGGACACCGAUGAGCCCUCAAGCAACAGAGCUGCAGUUUUAGCUUUGACUUCCAAACAGUCGCCUCCAGUCGGAGCAGAUGCAUCUCCUCUCUCUCCGCGGGAAGACUUGUACUGGAUAGAGAAGCUAGCUCAGCAGGCUGACUGCACUCAUCCUCAGACAGCUGAAGAAGAAAUGAUGUGGACAGCUGGAAAUGGAGACGUCAAGUCAAUUGCAACUCCUCCCAGCUCUAAAGUGAGGAAACCGGUGACAGCGAGCGGGAUUUUGGCCCUUACUCACUCUCCGAUGUUGUUCAAGGGCAGAACAGGCUCUGCUGGCAAGAGAACUCCACACUUUAAAGAUGAAGCUGCAUCAGAGAGGAGGAUGGAGGUUGAUGCGGAGGUGUCUCCCUUCAGUCAGCCGAUGAGACGCUCCACCACGGGGAAGACCUACAGCAGGAAGAGACUGCUUUCCUGAAUCACACCAUCCAUCCUUUUGGCAAGCAAAGCAAAAGCAAAUCAGCCCAUUCUGUGUUUAACUGUGAAGCCUCCAGCCUUUCUUAGACAUAUUUUGUCAGCUGCGCUUUUGAUGGCAGAUCUGAAAAGACGUCUUUCAAGUACCGCUUCAAAGGUUUUCGCUCGAUGAAUGUCCCUUUCAGGCUCCUCCGUCAACACUUUUUGGCCUUGAUAUUCUCUCUUCUUACCAGUGGCUUUUGUUUUACUUCGGACAUUUUAAGACUUAUAAUUUUAGGUAAGUUUCACACUGAGGUUUUAAACUCUUGAAGAGUUUCAGUUUAUUAAAAUGUCCUUUAAUUGUUCCUAUUGAUGAUUUUAUCAUUAAAAGUGUGCCAUGUUUCCUGCUCGGGUCUUUCUGAAGCUAAAAAUUUGGAAAAUGGUCAUAUUAUGUAAUCAGCCAUUUUACAAUCAAGUCAGAGACUAAAUGUAUUGAUAUAAAUACUAUUCAUGUUUAUUUAUUAGUUUGUUUGGUUUUUUCCUGUCAUAAAAUUUGCUUUUAAAUAAAAGGGAAGCAUUGAAAGAGGGGAGGAUUUAUUCAGAAUGUAAAUAUGUUAAUGUUGCCAAAGUCUUUUGUAAAUAUCAGUUUUCUCAAUUACUUUACUGAAAAUGUUUUGGGUUUUUUUGUGUGUUACUCCACUUUGCCACAAUUCACAAGUGAACAUUUUCUUGUGCGGUAUAUAUAUAUAUAUUUUUGUUAUUUUCCAUUUCAUCAAACUGUUGACACUAUAAGCAAUACAGUCCACACAUGUCAUCAUUUCCCCCCCACCAGGCCACAAACAAAAAAAAACACCAACAAAAAGCAAAAGGAGCAUUUUCAAUUAUACACAAUGAUUGAAGAUUAUGUCUUUAUCAACAGUCUAUUAAACUUGUUUUUUUAAAUAACAGAA